ACGCACCGCCCUCACGCGGAUCGAACCAGCCCUAAAAAAUCCAUCGAAAAAGAAAAAGGAAGAGAAGGGAGGGCGUGAUGGACGCGCACGUCGGCAGGUUCGUGGACUCGGUGGGCUCCAUCUUCCGCGGCGGCGACACCCUCCCCUGGUGCGACCGCGACAUCAUCGCCGGUUGUGAGAGGGAGGUUGCUGAGUCUGCAAAUGAAGAACAGAAAAAUGAGAGCCUUAUGAGGCUGUCCUGGGCGCUUGUUCACUCAAGACAGCCAGAAGAUGUCAACCGUGGUAUUGGAAUGCUUCAAGCUUCUUUGGACAAGUCUAGCAGCCCACUGCAGACAAGGGAGAAGCUCUAUUUGUUGGCUGUUGGACAUUACAGAACUGGGGAUUAUACAAGAAGCCGGCAGCUUUUAGAAAGAUGCUUAGAGAUUCAACCUGACUGGAGGCAAGCUCUGACUUUGCAAAGGCUCGUUGAAGACAAAACCAAAAGAGAUGGUAUGAUUGGCAUGGCUAUCAUCACUGGCGCCUUCGGAGUUGUGGGGCUUGCUGUUGGUGGUAUAAUUGCUGCUGCUUCGUCAUCCAGGAAGAAAUGAGCGUCUCUUAUGAAGGGAAUAAGAUAUUAAGAUCGGCAGAAACAUGAUUAAGGAUUUGUACGACUUGUGAACAGAUGCUCACUAUUCUUCUUUUUGCACUCUUUGCAUGUGAGGCCAGCCUUACAUUGUGUUGAGACGAGAGACAUGAUAAAUUAUAUGUAUGUUAACAUGAUAGUAGUCAGUAGAUGAUGAGGCCCAAGCGAGUCAGUGACUCGUAAUGUUGCAACACUCGUAAUGUUGCAACAUUUCGAGUGUUGUAUUCUGUGUUGCCCCGAAACAUUCUGCUACCAUAAAAUAACAGAAUGCAUGUUAUUAACCUGAUGCCAGAUAGUUCGUUGUGAAUCACAAA